UCUAUAGUUCCUGCACAGGUUGCGUCUAUUGAACCGUAACAGCCGUGCGACGAGCAGAGCCGCUUCGCCUAUUUAAUGGCGAGUAGCCGGCAAAUCAAGCAGACACACGGGCACGUGAGAAUCGCAGUGAAUACAUUUACGUGAGUCAUUUCUUUCAUGUAACUAGUUUGUUCUGAUGUUUUGUUAAUUUAAAAAAAAAAAAAGUCUUAUGGGAGUGUCAUCUGUUCAAUUCUAAUUGGGCUACCCUGUGUCUGGUCAAUGGUCAGUCUGCCUGGUCAAUGGUCAGCAUGCCAGGACAAUUGGUCAGUCUGUCGGGUCGAUGAUCAGCCAGUCUGGUCAAUGGUCGGCUUGUCAGGUCAGUGGUCAGCCUUUGAGGUCAAUGGUUGGCCAGUCUGGUCGAUGGUCCGUAUGUAAGGUCAGUCGUCAAGUCUGUCUGGUGAAUGGUCAGCCCGUCAGGCUCUUCUGUCACGCCGCCAUCCUAAGCUAAGACGCAGAUGACAAGUGCGCGUCACACUACGUCAUCCGUUUUGACACAACCCACAAUAUUAACACACACAUAAACAAAAUCUUCUCACAUUCUUUAAAUACACAUUCUUUAAAUACACAUCCUUUAAAUACACAUCUUUUAAAUACACAUUCUUUAAAUACACAGUCUUUAAAUAGACAUUCUUUAAUUACACAUUCUUUAAAUACACAUUCUUUAAAUACAAAUUCUUUAAAUACACAUUCUUUUAAUACACAUUUGUUAAAUACACAUUCUUUAAAUACAAAUUCUUUAAAUACACAUUCUUUAAAUACACAUUCUUUAAAUACACAAUCGUUAAAUACACAUUCUUUAAAUACACAUUCUUUAAAUACACAUUCGUUAAAUACAAAUUCUUUCAAUACACAUUCUUUAAAUACACAUUCUUUCAAUACACGUUCGUUAAAUACACAUUCUUUCAAUACACAUUCGUUAAAUACACAUUCUUUAAAUACACAUUCUUUAAAUACACAUUCGUUAAAUACACAUUCUUUAAAUACACAUUCUUUAAAUACACAUUCGUUAAAUACACAUUCUUUAAAUACACAUUCUUUAAAUACACACACGUUUGGCUACAUUUUAUCUACAUCAUCUGGAAAUACUAAGGUCUGGUUGUAAGGUGUCACAACUGUCGUACAACGGUCGUACAACUGUCUUACAACUGUCGUACAACGGUAGUACAACUGUCUUGCAACUGUCAUACAACUGUCUUACAACUGUCAUACAACGGUCGUACAACUGUCUUACAAUUGUCGUACAACAGUCUUGCAACUAUCGUACAACGGUCGUACAACUGUCUUACAACUUUCUUACAACGGUCGUACAACUUUCUGACAGCUUUCAUACAACGGUCGUACAACUGUCUUACAGCUGUCAUACUACGGUCGUACCACAGUCUUGCAACUAUCGUACAACGGUCGUACAACUUUCUUACAGCUUUCAUACAACGGUCGUACAACUGUCUUACAGCUGUCAUACUACGAUCGUACAACCAGAUCACUACAAAGAGGACGUCGGAACCGCUGACAGUUACCUUUUAAAUUUGAUCUCUAUUCUAGGUACAUCAUUUAUGUAACAUUUCACCUUUUUUCUUUAAAAAAUUGUUUCACUCAAACUUCACCAAGGUGCACUGUGUUCUUGUGAAUUCUUGGAUGCUGUGUGUUCUUGUGUGCUAUCCAUAUUCAUAUACCGAAGGGUACUGACCUCAUAAUAUCCAUUUUUUCUGGGGCGGGGGGAAGGGCAGUUCAUGUUCCUUAUAUAAGCUAUAUCAAUAUCAAAAGGGUUAGCCAUUGCUAUCGGUUCAAUUUUGAAUUCAUGGAUCUAGGCCUAGCUUUGUUUAUUACCCUUCUUAGUCCGCUUGAAAUAUCGGUGGCUUUAAAACUAAUAAUAUAUAAUCUAGAAUUGUCCAGAAAGUUCGAUAAUUAUAAAAAGCUAUCUCAACGGCAUUUUUAAACCAAUUAUAUUGAGACAAAUGUUUAAUGUUAACUCUAUAAUUUAUCUGCCUGAUUUUUAUAGGGCCCCCUAUCUCAGGCAUAAAUAAAUCGGUACCAUUAUGGAAUGGGCCCCCGAGGCCCCUCUUUCAACUUAAAUGUACUAAUGUAACAAUGACGUAUCGCAGUCCAACACUUUUUUAUAAAGUGUAACAAUGACAUUGGCGAAACCAGGGCAGAUAUAAAGUGUAACAAUGACAUUGGUGAAACCAGGGCAGAUAUAAAGUGUAACAAUGACAUUGGUGAAACCAGGGCAGAUAUAAAGUGUAACAAUGACAUUGGUAAAACUAGGGCAGAUAUAAAGUGUAGCAAUGUCAUUGGUGAAACCAGGGCAGAUAUAAAGUGUAACAAUGACAUUGGUAAAACUAGGGCAGAUAUAAAGUGUAACAAUGACUUUGGUGAAACCACGGCAGAUAUAAAGUGUAACAAUGACAUUGGUGAAACUAGGGCAGAUAUAAAGUGUAACAAUUACAUUGGUAAAACUAGGGCAGAUAUAAAGUGUAACAAUGAUAUUGGUGAAACUAGGGCAGAUAUAAAGUGUAACAAUGACAUUGGUGAAACUAGGGCAGAUAUAAAGUGUAACAAUGACAUUGGUGAAACCAGGGCAGAUAUAAAGUGUAACAAUUAUGACAUUCUUUUAGUGAACAUCUCUGAAAGCUCUUUUUUUUCCACUGAACAGAAUUGAAAUAGAAAUAAUUGAAAUAGAAAUGUAUGUAGAUGUUUUUUGUUGUUGUUUAAAAAAAGUGAGUCACCGUUUUCUUGAACAGAUGUCCAGAAUUUCAAAAAAAAAAUAAUAAAAAAAAAAUAAUAAUAAUAAUUAAAAAAUGGAGUCAAUGACUCCUGCGCACCGAGGGAAAAUUUUAUGAUUUCCCCAAUGGAGUCAGUGUAUGGUGCAGUCAUUGGUUUUUUUACAAUGAAAUCCAGAUUAUUUAUAUUAAAUUUACAAAAAAAAAAAAAAAAAAAAUUUGUCAUUCUUGGCUGUUGUAGCGUAUACAAUUGGGGAAAGGAGGGGGGGGAGGAGCAGAGGUUGCUGUAAAUUAAUAAAUAGAUAUAUUGUUUCCGAAAAGUAGGAUGUUUAAGUAUUUUAAAAAUACCACCAAAAAAAAAAUAAAGAAAUAAAGAAACAACCAUAUGAUCGGCGAUAUUAUUGCUAUACUUUUUACGUACUUAGCUGAUUAUUAAAAAAAAACAGCCCUUAAAACAAAGUUGUUCUCAUAAAUCCUCUAUAAAAUUUAAUAUCGAGUGUUUGGGGGUAGGUCUAAAAAAUUCGGACAAAAUUUGCAUACACCUACGAACUUUAUAAAAAAAAAAUCUAAAUUUUUUCCUCCCCCUCCUCCCUCACCCAAAGGCUCGCGACCCCAUAUUUAUUUCCCACCAGAGAAUCAUACUAAUAUUCUGAUGAGCCACCCGCCUUUACACCACAGAUUGAUUUCAUCAACUAUUUGAGAAAGACAAAUGAAAGUAAUACGCACCAAAAGCACUUGCGAUGCUUAAAAAAAACAACAAACAAACAAUUUUAUAUAGCGUUUUUAUCGGGAAUUUCAUGUCGUGAAGUCCUAUUUCCUUCAUCUGACAGUAGAAAAACAGUAAGGAAAACUGAUUUUUGGGGGUUGUGUGGGUGGGGCUAACAUUUAAGAGAAUUCGUUGUCAUUGGCAACGAGUCUACGCGCAACAUUUCGGCUCGAGGAUUUGACGGGAAGUGAGUCAAUUUGCAUUCCGAAGAUUUUUUUUUUUUGGGCCAGUCCGCCAUCCAGCCACACAGCCGCACACGAAGAAAAGCCAAGUUAAUAUAAAGGGUUUCAAAAUGAUACUAUAAAUAGAUAUUACAGAUAUUUAAGUUUUUUUAAAAAAAACGUCAUGUACUCCAGCCGUGUUUCAAUCCAAGAAAUUGAUUCAAAAGUUCUUUUAAACGAUGCCGAAAGAGAUCAUUAAUAAUAUACUAAAAGAUUUAUUAAAAUUUCACAAUUCCGAUCACCAUUUUACGAAAACAGAAAAUCAGGUAAUUUCCUGAAGAGCUCCGAAUUUGAUGCAAUCUAAAUUCCAUUACGCGCUUCUGAAAUGUCAUUGGUUAUAUCACGCAGUGCGAAUGAUGACGUCAAAAUAUACAGCUUAAAAGAAUCAGUUGCAUUUUAAGUCAUUGGCAUUAAGGUACCAUUGGAAGAAGAAAAUACAUAAUAUAAAUAAAGUUGUGAUCAAAGAGAGAUUUUUAGCCAAAGAUGUAACAAUGUGUAUGUCGUCAUCAUCCAUCACUUAGCAAAAGUGACAAAUUCAAUUCAAAAAUAUUUUCCGUUUCAGGUCUGCAAACAUGGAUGAGUAUCAAAUGUGGGCGCAGAUUGCUAAAAAGUACACCGUGCACGAGGAGACGUACCUGCUGACCCGGAACAUGCUGGCCAGCGGAUUCAAGCCGUACAACGAACUCGGUUUGGAGAAGGCGAGACAGCAAGUCAAUGAGAGGAUCAAGAUGCAAACCCCUGUAACUGACUACAGCGGUGAUGAGUGGGAGGUAAUUGUGCCAUCGCCCUACUCAAAAGACGGAAUUCCCGUAACGGUGUUUAAACCUUCCUCGGCACCGGAAGUUCCCGCCAUAUUCGUGUAUUUCCACGGAGGUGGUCUCCUCGUGGGGAAUCGCAAACUGUGCGAGGGGGGCCUCAAGAUUUUUGCCAGGGAUUCCGGGGCGAUCGUCCUGAACGUCGAAUUCCGUUUGUUACCGGACCCAAUAUUCCCCCUCGCCCCUUUCGAUGACGGGGUCAUCGUUACCAAUUGGGUAUUACAAAACAAGGAAGCUGUUGGUGGUCAUCCACACAGUAAAGUCGGCGUCGGGGGUGACAGCGGUGGUGGUUCUCUCGCCGCCAGCGUCACGAACGACGUUCGAGGGCUGGACUUCCAGGUUCUCGUCUACCCCAUGACGGACACGACCUUGUCCAGUCCAACCAUCCAAGAGUUCGCUGAAUGCCCGAUAAUGCGUGCAGCGGAGCUCAAAUGGUUUCUGGACACCAUGAUGGCACACAUCCCCGACUACAACAGCAACCCAAGGGUCAACCUCAUGGCGCGAACCAACACUGGGGACUCCCCACCGGCCCUCAUGAUCCUCUCGGAACUCGAUCCUCUGAAGGGCUGCGGGCUCGACUACGCCGACAAGCUGAGAGCCGCCGGGGUGAGCGUUGAAUGUGAGAUAAUCAAGGGAGUCCCUCACGUGUUCUUCAUGUUGCGCGACGUGUUCAAGACCAAAAGCGCUGAAGCCUACGCCCAUGUCGUCAAAUAUCUUAAAAAGUUCCAGUAAUAAACCAUUGACCAACACUCCUAACGCGCAAACAUUAUUUUAAACCGAUAUACCGCAAACACCCCUAAAUUGCCUGAAGUAGCAAAAUCAUCGAGGAGAAACAAAACAACAACUUUGGAUUAGUUAAUCAGUCGUAUUUAUUUUUAUACUUUAGCGUGUUUGUAAACAGAAUUUUACUCUGGAUUUCAUGAUUCCAAAAUUAGCUUGCUCAGUACCUUGUUCAAUGCGAAUCCACACAUGGAUGGUCCUAGUCUUGGAAUUAAUGCAGCUUCAUAAGAGGACUUUCUUACCCAUCUCAGAUCAUAUUAAAUUACCGG